CUGUCGCGCGAUCAACACAUAGUUCGGAAAAUAAAUAAAAAGGUUUUGCUGUUUUUGUUUUUGAAGAUGGAGAUUCAAAAUCAGUUGAUUAAACUAUUGACUACAUUGCUGGUAAUUGGUUUUGCUCUAUCUACUCCGGUGUUACUAUUAGCCGUAAUGUUAUCAAAAAUCGGAGAAUGUUUCAAAUAUAAAUCCCCCAAGAGUAUCAUCGGCGAGGUGGCUGUGGUGACUGGGGCAGCUCAUGGACUAGGUCGGGCUAUAGCAUUGGAACUGGCCGGAUUCGGAUGCCAUGUAGCCGUGGUAGAUAUUGACAUAAAUGGCGCCGAGGAAACUGUAGAAAAAAUUCACCAGAUUUCCAGAGUAAAAGCAAAAGCUUAUAAGGUGAAUGUAACCAGUUUUACUCAAAUAACUGAUCUUAAUGCUAAAGUUACACGAGAUCUUGGUAUGGUUACAAUUCUAAUCAAUAAUGCGGGUAUUCUGCUGCUGCGUAAUCGUUUAGAUCCUGCACCGGAGGAUGUGCAACGAAUGAUAGACGUCAAUUUGACAUCGCACUUUUGGACGAAGACUGUGUUUCUGCCCACAAUGAAGAGGUUGCGAAAGGGAAACAUUGUUACCAUCAGUUCAGCGGCGAGUCUAUUACCCUUUGCUUAUCAUACCACUUACACUGCAACCAAAUUUGGUGCUACCGGUCAUAUGAAGGCAUUGCAAUUGGAAUUAGCUGUAGAGAAGCAACAUGACAUCCAUGUCACCACGGUAAUGCCAAUGAUUCUGGACACCAACGAUGAGAUGUCUGACCUUGCCAACAUUAGCAAGAUGAAUCGACUGUAUCCCCUGAUUAAAGGACAAAUGGCAGCUACUCGCAUAGUUAAAGGAAUGCUCGCUGGAGAGAGGGAAAUAAAGAUUCCAUUCAUAGUGGAUAUUUUGCAUCGCAUUUUGAACUUACUUCCUCUCAGCUGGCAGGAGAGACUGAUUCUCAUAUCUGCCUCUAAUAAGUUUCUGUCGUAUAAAGAAAUCAGCUUGAAUUCUAAUGUCCCCAAACAGUGAUUUGACAAUUUAAUUUUGGAUUGGAUUUCAGUGCAAAUCGCAUAAAAAUGUGGAUUAAUUAUUUUCUAUGUAUCUAAGAGUCGAACAUAUUCGAUGGCAAUUUUUUUGUUUAUCGUGAU